GUGUGCCGGCAAGAUACCUACAGUGUUCAUGCGCAUGUCGUACGCUGUGAGAUGGGUGCUGGAGUUCAUUGCCUCACCCCCCGCCAAACAAAGCAACACCACGGUUGUCGUGAGUGAUGUGAAAACGUACCGUAUAGCCAGCCCAACGGUUGCAAGGUGA